AUGCAGCGAAUCUGACUAUGGCGAAUAUCGAAGAGGAGGAGGAGGAGAUUGUGGUCGUGGAGACUGAGCCUCCCAAACGCAAGAGCAUUGCCACACUACAGCUGUACGGAGGUGAUCUGGAGUCAGAGUUCAGUCAGUUUCAGGACUGGCUGCACAUAUUCCCGCUGUAUAAAGGCAGAGCAAGCAUUGAAGAUGAUGAGGAGGAUGAAGAGGAGAGGCUGAUGGGAAAAUAUAAGGGCUCCUUCCUGAUUUAUCCGAUCGAUGCAAGAGAUGAAGAAGACACCACAUGUCAGAUCACCAAUGGACUCCCCAAAAACUCAGCGAUCAAAGUCUUGAUCCGAGUCUACGUCAUCAAGGCCACCAAUCUGGCUCCCACAGACCCGAAUGGUAAAGCUGACCCGUAUCUGGUGGUUCAAGCUGGAGAGCAAAGUUUGGACACCCAAGAUCGAUAUAUCCCCAAACAGCUCAACCCCACGUUUGGAGAGAUGUUUGAAUUCACAGUGUCCUUUCCACUGGAGACGGAGUUGGUUGUCAGAGUGAUGGACCAUGAUAUAAUAGGGUCUGAUGACGUCAUCGGUGAGACCCGACUUGAUCUGGAGAACCGGUUCUACAGCCGCCACAGAGCCUCCUGCGGUCUGGCUCUUUACUAUGACACUGAAGGUUACAAUGUGUGGCGUGAUGCGAAGAAACCAUCAACCAUUUUGGCAGAGCUCUGCAGGAAGAACGGCAUCUCGUUACCGGAGUAUAGAACAUCUGAGGUCAAAGUCCUCAACAAAAUCUUCAAGAUCCCACCUGAUGCAAUACCUGAAG